CUUGGGCCUUGAUGGAUGGCUGACUAGCCAUUGGUAGGUUUGAUGCUGUUUGUUUAGAGCCAUUGGGCUUUGGACUUAGUGGCCCAAUUGAGAAUCAAUUGGGAGCCCAAACAACAUGCCCCCCAGACCCGGUCCAUUUAGAAUUAAAUGGGUGGGUUUCCAGCUGUCAGAAGUCCGAAAGUUCCCUCUCUUUUUUGAAAAGGGAUGAUUUGCAUUGAUGACAAGUGUUGGGAGUUGUAUUGUGUCGUGGAGAUCAUGGGUUGAGGAAGUUGAUGCGCCCCCUUUCUUUUCUAUAAAUACUGGGUGCUUUGCUCCUUUCGAACUUUUUACUCCUUCUUUCAAACUUAUUCUCUUCUCUAAAUUCCGGCGAUCGCAGUUUUCAAAUUUCUUCAGAUCUACGGAUUUCGGCCAGCUUUAGACUUCGGGAACUUGGGUUGUUCGUUUUAUCGGCGAAUUCCGCUUCGGAAAAAGGUAAUUUGUUUCUGAAUUCUCCUUUCCUCUUCGUUUUUCCUUCUACCCCUCAAUCUAAACCCUAGGCCGAGAAUUCGCGACCAUGGCCAAGAAUAGGGGCAAAAGCAAGUUCGUUGUUGGCUCCUCUAGUGAGAGGGAGAACGUGCCUUCGGGAAGGUUACCGAAAACUUCGAGGGGUCGGCCUUCGGAGAGGCCGGUGGAGAGGCGUUCGACUGGUUGGGAUGCUUCCAAAGAUGAUGUUGCUGGCGGGUCUAGCGUGUCUGAACGCGCAACUUCUGGUAAGAAAGCUGGUUCUUCGGGUGUGCGCCGUCCUUACCCUGAGUUUCCAGUUCAUUGGACUGAAGCUGAUCCGCAGGGCAAGUAUGCCCCGAUCUUGCAUGAGACCACUAAGAUCGAUGGUCCGUUGGAGAAAUCGGUCAGUGGUGACUGGUUGGUGGAGGCGAAGCUGGGGAACUACCAUCGGAGGGCCGAAGAGUUAUACGGAAUCCAGCACGCCUUGGGGUACUGGUGCGAACUUCCCGAUCAGGAGCGUCCUCGGGUGACUCAUCCGCCGAGGGGGUUCAUCUCUGUGUAUACUCAUCACUUGGAGAACGGUCUCCGCUUUCCCUUGGAUCCCUUCAUUUCCGAGCUCCUGGUGUCGUACAACAUCAGUUUGGCCCAACUUACCCCCAAAUCUAUGAGGCACAUCAUCGGAUUUAGAUGGGUGUGCGAUUUCGUUAACUUUCCCUGCUCUGUCGCCGUGUUUCGGGAUCUCCACGAUCUGUCUUUCAAUCACGCUUCCAAGGGGGAUGGGUAUGGUUGGUGGACCAUCAUCAACAAAAAGUCCCGAAGAAAGGGGGAGCCGAACUACAUUACGGCCUACCCUUACCUCAGCUCUGACCAUAAUUGGAAGACGGAGUGGUUGUUCGUUCGUGUGCCGACAGAUCCGAAGCAUCCCAAUUUUUAUCGCCCUCCGAAGUGGUUUGUGACUCCUGAUCCUGAUAUGCGAAGCGUGGCUGCUCCGGAUCGGAACCAUCACCACUACGUGGAUCUCCUCCAGUGGUUUUUGGCUCGGGAGGACAACUACAAACUGCCGUCUAACUGGCUCCCGAACCUCAACUAUAUCUUGCGGGAGGACAUUCUUGCUGUUGCCGGUCUCAGCAGGAUUUUUGACAGGGGUAGGUGUCUUUCGGCUGGGACCGUGCUUUAGUAAGUUUUGUCCUCCUCCUUUUUGUCUCGUUUUAUUGAUUUUGUUUUGUGCUUUGUUUCUGCAGAGUACGGCUUUAGCUGCAUUGAUCCUGUGGUUUUGGGCAUCUCUUUGGAUCUGAAGACUAUUCACGACUCGGCUCCUGAUUACAAGUUCGGGAAAGAGAAUCCUCGUAAUCCUCGCUUGAAGGAUUACGUGCUGUCUCCGUCUGGUGUCGCUCGGAUAUCUGAAGUUCGAGCUGAUCCGUGGGAUUCUGCCUCUUCUCCCGAAGCUGUUCCAGUGAAGGUCGUGCUUCCUGAUUUGAGGACAACCUCAGAUCCGGUGAGUGUUUCUAUAUCCCGAAGUUUUUUGUUUCCAUCUUUCUUUCUGGUUGGCCGUCGGCUAACGUCUUGGUCCUGGACCAUCUUUAUAGGGUCCUGGGACUGACACUGUGCCGCGUGCCGUUCCUUCGGUUUCAUCUCCGGCUCGGAUAGAUAUCUCUUUAUCUAGGAACCGGGUACUUCACGGUUUUUCUUUAUUUCUUCCUUUGUCUUCUUUUACGUUUAUUGACCCUUGGUCUCCUCUGUUUAGGAUCAACGCAAAAGGAAGGGAUCAACUCUUUUGAGGCCUUCCGCGCAUCCGAAGAAAGCGAAAGCUUCUCAGUCCUCGGAGAAGGUAUUUGCUCUGACUUGGAGUUUUUGUAGUCCGUUUUUCCCUUCUUUUUCUUUCUCCUUGAGGCUGAUCUCUGAACGCCUGUUUUGUAGGAAACGGUUUCGGAAGACAUGCCUCCUCCCAAGAAUCUCCUUCACUUCAUGCCCUUGCCAGGGCAGAAGUUGAAGAGUGUGGUGGUUGCGGAGCCGCCGCCCGUGGAUCAACCGUUGGCUGAGGAAGAUACCAUCCCCUCUCCGCUGAAGCCGUCUACUGCUCUAGGGAUCGAGAUCCAGGAUAUCACCAAGGUGAUGGAGGCGAUUGAAGCCGACCUUGUUCCUGGCUCGGGUGCCCCUAUUGUGGUCGAGCAGAAGGAGGAAUCUGCUGACGUUUCUCUCGAAAGAGAGAAAAGUCCAGAUAAGGAGAUGGUGGACCUCACCGAAGCUCAUAUUGAGGUUCCCGAAGCUGAGAAGGAGGUUCCUUCUGCUGAGGAGGAGCAGCCCGAACAGGGUCUGACGAGGAAGAGGCGCCAUUCGACCUUGGGUUCUACUUCGACCUCGGCCCUGGAUAGACUGAUCCACGCUGACCCUUGCUCGGAUGUUCCGCUGAAACGGAUCCCCGAGGAGGUAAGGGAGGCGAUGGCUCGCUAUGCUAGAGCUCCGGUUUUGGGGGAGAACCCCAUGGCUCAUGUGGGAUCUUUGGUGGGUCCCGAAGCUGCACGGGAGAAUCUUCUUCGGGCCAACCCGCAGUGGAGGGUUCCUGGAGCUGAGGAGAGGACCCAGCUAUGAUGGCCCAAUACUAUCUGAAUGAGGUAAGUGUUGGAUUUUCCCUUUUGAGUUCCGUUUUUUUUUUUUUUUUUUUUUUUUUUUUUUUUUACUUUUCCUCAUCUUUUCUUCUUUCCCAGGCUGUUUUCUGGUCCUCGUUCGCUUCCGAGUGUAGCUCGGUUGAGGAGAGACAACUGAGGAGAUAUCAGGAGGCUUAUGCUCGUGAUAUCCCUAUCUUGGACCAGAAGGCUGGGCAGCUCUUCGCCGAGCUGGUGGAGGUCAAGCAACUGUACCUUCAGUACAGUCGUGAGGCUAGGGAAUCGGCUGAGCAGAUCGGGGCCGAAGUUGGGAAGCUUACUUUCCAGGUCGAGGAGGAUGCUGAAAAGAUAGCUUCCUUCGACCAGGAGAGGAAAGAAAUGGCCGCCAAGUUUGCGAGCGAACUUGAAGAAAAGGACAGUCUUCUCAAGGAGAUGACUUCUAAAUUUGAGGCGGCCGUUAAGUAGAGCCAGGAAGCGGAGGCGAGGCUUCAGCAGUUUGUCAAGCAUCGGGAGAUUGUUCAGAAUCAAGCUGACAAGGUGCCCGUUCUCCAGCUGAAGAUCCGAGAGAAGGAUGCGGCCAUUCGGAAGUUGGAGCAAGAGCGAGUUGACCUCUAUACUGCUGAUCAGUGUAGAGAGCAAUACUGGAAUGGCAUCCUGGGUGCUCGGCGCAUGUUUGCGAAGCAUAUGCCUCAUUUCCCUUGGAAUGAGAAGGUUCCGCUCUGGAUGAGGGCCCAGGAUCACUUGGUGGAGUGCCAGGCCGAUCGAGACGAAGCUGAAGCUGAACGCCAAGCUGCUCUAGCAGAGGCUCGGGCCCAGAAGGCGACUUCCGAAGGUGACACUACUGCUGGGGGUUCUUCGAAGGAUGCUCCCCUGGGGGCUGCUCCUGAGACUCCCAAGAGUUAGGGAUUCGGGCAGUCGUCUUCUUCAGAGUCGGUCGGUUCCAGUUGAGGACUUCCGAACAUGUGCUUGCCUUUCCCCCUUUUGCCUCGGCGCUGCGUUGUACUCAUUUCCUUUUGUUUUUCUUUAGUACUUCGGUAGGCCGGUAUUGUCUGUUGAUGGCUGCCGAUUUUAACUGUUUCAUUUUGUUUUCAAUUUUUGAGGUUUUCAAUGUAUUUGUACUCCCCCCAAAUAUUGAAUAAAAAAUGAAUGUUUGUUACUUGGCUGCUUCUUUUCAAUUUUGUACCUUCGCAAUUUUAGGUCUUUGAAUCCGUAGAUUUUUCGAGCUCUUCUUUCUGUAGACUUGCUAAAAACCUUUUGAUCUUGCGAGCUCUUUAAAUCCGUAGAUCUGUUAAGAGACUUUUUAACUUUGCGAGCUCUUCAAAUCCGUAGAUUUGCUAAGAGAAUCUUUAGUUUUGCGAGUUCUUCAAAUCCGUAGAUCUGCUAAGAGACUCUUUAAUUUUGCGAGUUCUUCAAAUCCGUAGAUCUGCUAAGAGACUCUUUAAUUUUGCGAGUUCUUCAAAUCCGUAGAUCUGCUAAGAGACUCUUUAGUUUCCAGACUCUUCAAAUCCGUCGAUCUGCUCAGAGGUCUGGAUUGUUCUUCCGAUCUCUUGUGGUUCGGAAACCUGGGCAAGAGAUCGCUAGUCUGCCUCUUAGUUAUGCCUUUGGCGAUCCGUGGAUCUGAGCCGGAGUUUUAUAACUUGAUUCGAGCGACUGUUUGUGGCGAACAAGUUUUAUUUGGUUAUCGCGAAUCCGAGGAUUCUGGACGAUUCCCUGAAGUGUAUGACUUGGUCAUUUCUUGCAUUUUAUCAAGGAAUGGGCAAAAUCAACCUGUUUUUAGUCUCGGAUUGAUCAGAUCCGAGGCUGCAUAUAUAUAAGGGGACAAUAAAUAUAGAGAUAAGUUUAAUGAAACACAUGGUGCCAAUGGCUUUCCUCUUCUCAUUAAACAACUUACUUGGUUUACAGACAGAGAUCAUACAAAAUAUUUCUUGAGAACAUCGGUAUUCCAAUGGUUCUUCAAAAUUGUUCCAUCUAACUGUUUCAGCAUAAACGUGCCUGGCCUUUUUUCGGAAUGGAUGAUGUAUGGUCCUUCCCAAGUGGCUGAGAGUUUGCCAUGGAUCCGUCCUUUCUGAACCGAGGCGGCGUUUCUGAGCACUAGAUCACCGACUUUUAGGGGUCUGGCGUUGACUCUUCGGUUGUAAUGCUUGUUGACCCUUUGCAAAUAGGCUGCGUUGAGUGUCCUUGCAUCGUUCCGAGCUUCGUCCAGUAGAUCGAGAGUUUCGGACAGAAGUUGGUUGUUGCUUUCUCCUUGGAGCCCAUCAUACCUGUUGUAUGCCUGGAUCCUCAGGAUUUCUGUUCCGAUUUCCACAGGGAUGACAGCUUCGGAUCCGUAUACAAGGUGGAACGGUGUUUGCCCGGUAGCUUCUUUCUCGGUGGUCCGAAGGGACCAUAGCGUUCCGGGUAGCUCUUCUAACCACUUGUUUUUGUCAUCCUCGACUCUUUUCUUGAGUGCAUUGAGGAUGAGUUUGUUAGCAGCUUCGGCUUGCCCGUUGCUUUGUGGGUGGCAAACUGCCGAGUAAGCUAGGUGUAUGCCGAACUGUUUGCACCAUUUUUGCAACGGGAUGUUGUCGAACUGUUUCUCGUGGUCGAUGUAAUCCCCCGUAAUUUUAUACAUUUUAGUUAUAUAUUUUAACGAAUAUUUAAUAUAUUUAAUAUAUAAUUAAACAUAAAUUACGGAUUUUAGAAACGAAUAUGUAAUUGAAAUGUAAUUAUUUUAUUUCAUUUGGAAUACUUUUAAUGAUUUACGAAAUCAAAAUGUAUUUUCGAAUUUUACGUUAACACGAAUUCGAUUUUGGAUUCGAAUCCUAAAUACUAAAUUCCUAAGUCUAGCCCAAUUGAAUAAAGCCCAAUAAUAUAAACCCAUAACCCCACACUUCUACUCCAUGUAAAACACAAAACACAAAACACCAAACCCUUCUCCUCUCUACUCUUCACGUGGAAAACCAAAAAAAGGAAAAAAAAAAAGGAAGAAAAACCCUCCUGCUUCACGUACAACCUCCCAGCCGUUGCACUCUCUCUCCUCGCCGCGGCCCUCCUCCUCACGACUGAGCCCUCGACGCCGCCACCGCAAAGCACCACCGUGUGCCGCCGUCCACCACCUAGCGCAGUCACCCACGAACCUCGACCACCGCCUUGCACGCAACCACCGCACGCAACCACCGUGCUCCUCCCUCGCCGCAAGCCGCCACCGUCUACCGGCCAGCCUCCUCUCCCCUCUCUAAUUCUUGGCGGAGAAUUCUCUUUAGGCGACUUUUGAAAGUGUUAAAGUGGCCUAUCAGUUUGUUUACACAAGUCUCUAAGGGUCAAUAAGCGUUGCCCAUCUACAGGUUUGAAGAUGAUGCAUCAUUGGGAUCGGGAUUAGAGAGCUUGUAUUUCUAUUCGUUUAAUUAAGUGAUUCAAUUUGUUAACUUGGAUUUGAAAUUUGUCGUACUAUUCGUAUUUCCUUAAUUCAGUUAAUUGGUUUGGACCUAAUAUGUAAUAGAUUAUUUAUGAACCUAAAAGUUAGUUUUAUGUUUUCCGCUGCAAAAUUCUGAAUAAGCCGUAACGUUUUCACACGGGCGAUAAUACUUUGAUAAUUCCCUACAGUUAUAUUUAAAAAGAGGUUAUUUUAGAAAAUGGGGAUUGUUGGGGUGUUACAAAGUGGUAUUUUUGAGCUAAAGGUUUUACUGACAUUUCGUGUCUACCUUUUAUAUCUUAGGCGCCUAACCAACUAAUUAGUUACGUAAAAGUAAUUUCAUACUAGUGAAUAAAUUUAAAGUUAUUAGCUAGAAAUGUUUGAAUUUAUUUUAAUAUUGACUCUUGAAUCGUGCUUUGAAAUACGUUUUUGGUUAUGCGAAUUAAUGUAUUUCGAUUCUUUUGAAAUUCAAAUUAA